AUGCCUGUUAAAGACUUUGAAAUAACUAAUGAGGAAGAACCCUUAUAUCACAGCAUUGAUAAAAAGAAAACUAAAAGACAUAGGGGUUACUUCUCUUCAUCAUACUCUGUGAAAAAAAUUUGGAUUGAAACCUGUCUGCUUCUAGUGGAUCUGUGUGAGAGGUUCACCUUCUCAGAAAUCGUCUGCAAUAUGAUCCCCUUCUGCACGAUCAAGCUUGGUUAUGGUGGUUACCAGGCAGCCAUCUUGAAUUUGUGUUUUAUUGGAACUUCAAUUCUUACCCCUGUGUUUGCUGGAUGGUUUGCUGAAGUCUGUCUGGGGAGAAACAAACUGGUGUAUAUUUGCUUAUUUCUACAUUUUCUAGGCACUGCAUUAUUAUCUGUGGUUGCUUUUCCUUCAGAGGAUUUCUAUAUAGGCCCUUACCAUCUGAUCAACAACAUUCCAAAAAAGGAGCAGAGCAGGUUGUUUUACAUAGCACUGUGGGCCAUCUGCCUGGGCAUCGGAGGAAUAAGAGACAUCAUUUGUCCACUGGGUGCCUCCAGCCUUCAGGAAUACGGACCACGGAAACCAAUGUCUUUUUUCAACUGGUUUUAUUGGAUCAAGAACCUAAAGGCAGCAGUAAUUUUUCUGGGAAUAUCUUAUACCCAACACGCAGGGGCCUGGGUCCUGGUUUUACUUAUUCCAUUUCUUUCAACAUUUAUGGCUCUGAUAAUUCUUCAUAUGAUGCACUAUGAUCUGAUCUAUCAACCAGAAAAAUGCUACUCCUUCCUGACAACCUUUGGGGUGUUUGUUAAUGCACUGAAAACUAGCUGCCUGCGAUAUUGCCCUCUGGGCGGAGAUGCGACAAGCUGGCUGGACCACGCCAAAGCAAAAAAUGGAGGCAGCUACAGUGAGCUCCAUGUGGAAGACACAAAAUUUUUUGUCACCCUUUUCCCCCUCUUCAUUUCUCAGCUCCUUUACAGAAUGUGUAUUCUGCAGAUUCCUUCGGGAUAUUAUCUUCAGACCAUGAAUUCCAACCUGAAUUUGGAUGGAUUACGCCUGCCAAUUGCAGUAAUGAAUGUCACCAGCAUCCUACCACUACUAAUUCUGACUCCUUUCAUGGAGGUUUUCAGCACCUGCCUAUUUUCCUCUAUGAGAGAUGGACCAUUUCUGUCGGUAUGCAUUAUUGCUGGAAAUCUUUCUGCUGCCUUGUCUGUGAUGGUAGCUGGCUUCUUUGAAAUACACAGGAAACAUUUUCCUCCAGUGGAGCAGCUGCUUUCAGGCAAAGUUCUCACUGUUUCCUCCAUGCCCUGUUCACACCUGGUACUUCAGUACAUUUUACUUGGAGUGGCUGAGACACUGGUCAGCCCAGCCUACUCUGUAAUAUCAUGCAGAUUUGUUCCAAGUACCAUGAAAGGGACCUCUUUGAAUUUCUUGACACUGUUCAAUGGAUUUGGCUGCUUCACAGGGGCACUGCUGGUGGAGUUGGUAUAUCUCAUCUCAGAAGGCAAUUGGUUCCCAAACACAUUAAACAAAGGCAAUUUAGAAAACUUCUUCUUCUUCUUGGCAUCAUUAACAUUGUUGAAUGCCCUGGGACUCUGGAGUGUUUCACAAAGAUAUUGUAAUCUAAAUCAUUUUAAUGUCCAGAACAUCAGUGGAAGUAAUCUUGAAGAAACACUUCCCCUUCAUGAAAAGUCUCUGAAAUUUUAUGGCAGUACACAGGAAUGUUCUUCACAUAUUGAUCUUUGGGAGACAGCCCUAUGA